AUGUUGCUGCAGCAGCCCACACCUUCCCAAGUCAAGCAAGUAACCGAAUGUCUCGACUUUAAGUAUGACCGACCUCACGAACCGGCCUCCAUUAUCCUCUGCUUUCAUAACGAGGCGUGGAGCGUCCUUCUGCGCUCGGUCCACUCAAUAUUUGAUCGAUCGAAAGAUGAGCUUAUCAAAGAAGUUAUCCUGGUCGAUGACGCUUCUACAAUGGAUCACUUAAAGAGGCCGUUGGAAGUGUACAUGAGUGCUUUGGGCAAGGUGAAAAUCAUUCGGGCGGAGGAGCGACAGGGCCUGAUCCGGGCGCGGAUGCUCGGGGCCAAGGCUGCCACCGGCAAAGUUCUCAUCUUCCUCGACUCCCACAUCGAAUGCACAACUGGUUGGUUGGAGCCGUUAUUGGACAGGAUAGCGGAAAACAGCACCAACGUCGUUGUCCCUGUGAUUGACGUAAUCAACUCCGAGACCCUUCAGUACAAUCAUGCCCCGUCGAAAAGCAUCCAAGUUGGUGGCUUCGACUGGAGUCUCAUUUACCGCUGGCACCCGAUACCCCCGCGCGACGCCAUCCGCCCCGGCGCACCCAACUCUCCUGUCAGAACGCCAACUAUGGCCGGUGGGCUGUUCGCGAUUGACGCCUCUUUCUUCGAGAAGCUCGGCUGGUACGACCCAGGCUACGAGGUUUGGGGAGCAGAAAAUCUGGAGCUCUCCUUCAAAACCUGGAUGUGCGGAGGGCAGCUCGAGACGAUCCCUUGUAGCCAUGUGGGUCACAUCUUUCGUAGUCGGUCGCCCUACUCUUGGAAGGUCAAGCAAGCCAAUCCCCUAUUGCACAAUCUCCUUCGCCUCGCCGAAGUCGUCCUUGGUGAUGAAUUCAAGCACUAUUACUUUUCUCGAGUCAACUACAGAGAGUCCCAGAUGGGUGAUGUUUCGGAUCGAAAAAAAAUAUUGAAAGAUUUGAAUUGCAAGUCCUUCAAGUGGUACCUUGACAACAUUUACCCCGAGAUGUUUAUUCCCAGUGAAUCACUCGCAUCUGGAGAGAUUCGCAACGUGGCUUCACAACACUGUGCAGAUGCGCCUGCUAACGAAAAAAAGCAAAAGGUCAGACUGGUAGGCUAUCCGUGCCACAACCAAGGUGGUAACCAGUUUUGGCUUUUGAGUAAGACUAAUGAGAUUCGUCGUGACGAAUUCUGUCUCGAUUCUGGACUCGAACCGCCCUUCCUUUCCGUUGGCAUUUGUCAUUCUCAAGGUGGCAACCAACGCUUCGAAUACAACGAGAAAGAUGAAAUUGUGCAGAACGGUCGUUGCUUGACCAUUAGUGAAGAUGGCAAAUCAAUCACCCUGGAUCAAUGCAACAACUCGGAAAGGCAAAAGUGGUCAAUGAGCAGGAAGCCUUUUAAACCUGGCAAAGAGAUGGCCCGAUGA